AUGAUAGAGCUAUACGUUGAGUUCGAACAGCAGUCAGAGUUGGGCCCGGUCGGGGAGGAGGUCAAUAUUGAUGAGGUCAGGGAUAUAGAUUGGGAAGAAGAUAAUAAUAAUGACAGUGAAGAGGAAUUCGAAGCUAACUAUGAAGUCGAUGACGAAAACGAUGAUGGAGACUUGGCAGGCAAUCCGGCGGUGCAAAAUGAAGCAAAUGCGAUUGUAAGCCAGCACCCGUUUGGUGUUUCGUCUUUUAUGCGGACUCUAGAUCUCGAAACCAUGCAUGCCCCGGAAUUUCCUGAGUAUGCGAAUACGGGUGAAGGCAACACUGAGGCGGAAGAUGGCGAGUUUAGGGUCGGAAUGGAAUUUGGUUCGAGAGAGUCGACAUUCUAUGCGAAAUGCAAGGGGUAUGGUGCAGGGUGCGACUGGCUUAUCCGAGCUAGCUUGAUUCGAAAAAAAGCUUGUUGGGAGAUCAGCAGAUACAAUGGCAAGCACACGUGCACCGUGGGCACGAUUUCACAAGAUCAUGCCAAGUUGGACUCGGACACAAUUGCAGAUGGCAUUAGGCCGUUGGUCGAAGCAGACACCGCGAUAAAGGUGAAGUCUGUUAUUGCAGAAGUCCAAGGUAGGUUCAACUACACUGUGAGUUACCGCAAGGAUUGGUUGGCAAAGCAAAAAGUUGUCGCAAAAGUUUUCGGUGAUUGGGAAGUUUCUUACCAGACUUUGCCAGUAUGGUUGAAAGCAAUGACAGUGAAGAUGCCAAGGUCUCGUGUUCAAAUUAAAAUACUUCCCGUUUACCGUGAGAGUGAGGAGAUUCAGGGUGUUGAUGGCACGCACCUGUACGGAAAAUAUAAAGGAGCACUUCUGGUAACGGUUGCACAAGAUGAGAAUCAAAACAUUGUGCAUAUUGCAUUUGCAAUUAUCGAGGGCGAGAUAGCAGACGCAUGGGAGUUUUUCCUAACCAAUUUGCGGAGAUAUGUUGUUACCAUUGAUGGUGUGGGUAUUAUUUCUGACCGCCAUACCUCCAUCAACGCUGCAAUAGCUCGCAGUAACGGUGCAUGGUCACCACCAAGGGCGUGGCACAUGUAUUGCAUCAGGCACAUCGGGUCCAACUUCUUAAGGAGGUUCAAGGCUCCAUAUUUGCAUAAACUCGUGGUGAAUAUAGGCUAUUCUAGGACGGAGCAGGAGUACAACAAAAACUACCAAAGGCUUAAAGAGCGAGGUGAGGCAUAUACUCAAUAG